CCCUUCGUCAUCGCUCCUACAAUUCCUCAACAGGAAGCUUGGCCGAAGCCGCUGCGCGCAUGCAUAUCGAAUUUCGGACCAGGAAGCUCCUACAUACUCAGGUAGUUGUGAAGUACCAUCAGUACAACUUUCGAUCCUCGGAAUCUCGCUACGACGUACUUGAUUUGGAGUGCAUUGCCCGAUCAUCCCUGAUCCAACACGAAGCACGAUUUGACGUCGUCUUUCCGCCACCGAACAGCAGUCCGACCAGGCCACAGAGACAGCACCGCAUCGUUCCACGCACGAUCGAGUCCACCGUGCAUUGGGGUGAUCAUUGUGUGAGCAAUCAAAGAAGGCACUUGUCUUGAGCACGGAGAAUCAAAAAUGGCGAAUGGCUGGUCCCUCCUGAUAGGCCUUGUGGUCAUCGUCGCCCUCUGCGUCGGCGCCUACUUCCUCAGUCCCAAAGGCGAGAAUCAAACGAUAUGGAGAAGCACCUUGAUCCUCAGCUUCGCGAGUUGUUAUAUCAUGUGGGCCAUCACUUUCCUCGCCCAGUGGCAUCCUCUCAUCGAGCCGCGGAUGGCCAAGUUGAGACACGGCUAUCCUGGUGGCAGUUGAAGGAGUUGCAGGUUGCACGAUUUACUGCUCAGGACUGUAUCAUGCUGAAGGAGGUGGACCAGUCUUUGCAUGUAUGUGAUCAGGAGUUAUAGCAGGAUAGGCUGAAGGAGUAAAGAAUGAAAACAUGAACA